AUAAAAGAGAGAAGACAUAAUGAUCGACAAUGAAGCUCCAGUUAUGUUAAUUAAUAAGAAUAAGAAUGGUUAUUAAAGGUUGCUUGAGGACAUAAUUGAGCACCAAGUGACUCCCUCCCUUCCUUCAUUUAUCAAAUUAAUAAUGCGAUUCCGGGGCCCUAAUUAAUCUCUUUAAUAAUUAGCCCUGUAAUGUGCAUCACUCACUGUGACAUUUUAUUAGGGUUGGCUAUUUGGUCCGGUUUUUUUUGUUUUAUUCGAAACUGGAUUGUAUAACCCGGACCGAGAUUGCACCGGGACCGGAUAAUAAACAAUCCAAUCCAAUAUUUGGGCUUAGAUUUGAGGUAAAAAAUCGUUUGGGACCAGAUUGAAAACUGGAAAAAGACCGGAUAAGAGAGCUAAACACCCAAAACUUCAGGGUAAUUUGCAUAAACGGUCACAAACCUUUGCACUUAGUACAAAACUUAACCAACUCCUCACCCUUUCAGGUCUUAGACCACUCAAAUCCCCACAAAGUCAAUAUAAAAUCAAGACCGAAUUGGGACCGGACCGGGUCAAGACCGGACUGUAUCCAAUCCAAUCUUUGGUCCUUAUAUUUUCAAAAAGACCGGACUGAACCAGAUCAAUUUGGGCCAAUUUAACCGGACCGUAUAGCCACCCUUCAUUUUAUACCAAAGAUGGAUGAUAAUAAUUAGUCUACGGCUACCUAUUGAUAACAAAGAUAGAUAUGGAUGAUUGAUAUAUUAUGGACGGUUUGUGAAACACAUUUAUUACUUAUUUUACAACUCCAAUAUUUUUCAAUACAUAUACACCAACAGUCAUUGAUAUAUUAGUCACUAGUCUGAUUUUUAAUAUAAAUUUUAAUCAAACUUUAUAGCAAAAGGUUCAUUUCAUUUGUAUCUAAAGAGGCAUCAAUUACACCUUUUAGAAUUAUACUAUAGAUCCUAAUUUCAAAUUUUUAUAACGAAGAUCAUGAAAUUUUUACGAAAUUGCGGAUGGAAAUGUGUCGCUUCACACACCUGCUCUUAACCUAGUUUCGCCUAAGGGCAGACCCAAGUGAAGACCCAGGGCACCCCUAAAAUUUGGGAGAAAAUUUAAAGAACCCUCAAUAGUAGUUUGAGUAUGAGAAAAAGGAGGAAAAAAUGAUAGUAAUGUAUAACACUGUAGUUAUUAUUAAACAUCUUUUCUAUUUUACUACACUUCAUUUGUUUUUGUAAUUUUAUUAUAAAUGUAAUUAUAAAUGUGUAACCAUUAUCACCAAACUUUCAGAGCCUAAAAGUGAACCCACGAACUACCCCUAAUCCUCGUCGUAUUCUAAUUUAUAACACAAUUUUAUUAUGAAGAGUUUGGUCAUAUUUCUCAUUCUUUUCUACUAAUGAUUUUGAGCAUUGUUAUCACUGUGUUAAAAAUGGUGAGUUAUUUUGUAAAUUAAAUUAGUUGGAGUUUAUGGUAGAGAAAAAAUUGAAUCUAGCUACCAUAGACAUGAGUAUAUUUGCUCCUCAAAGUUGUAUUGAUUUUACUGAUUGCAACUCCAAGUGUCGAGAGAGAUUUUUCAGCUUUGGGUUACAUCAAGCACAAGGUUCGAAAUCGAAUAAGCGAUCAAUUCGUGAAUGAUUGUCUAGUAUGAUAUACUGAAAAAUAUUUGUUGAGCAAUACAGACAGUGAGUAACACGUCGUGGACUUUUUGUCAAUGAUUGAAAAACCGUACCAUACUGGCGGUUCGACCUAAAAAUCUCAUUUAGUAAGAUCAACCAAAUGGCAAUAUUUAGCGCUAUGAAACGGUUAAACCACAGUUUCAUACUAAAAUACCCUACUACUAACUUUUUUCGCUACAACCUCCUGUACGUAUUAUAAUCCUUACUUUUUGUUGUAAUUUGCACUAAUCCGAUAUUUAUUUAUUGAAGUAAAUGUUGAACUUUAAUUGUUAUUUUGAUAUAAUUUUUUUCAAGGGACACCCCCUAAUACAAAAUUUAUAGUCCGCCACUGUUUCGCCCCUCAUCCAGACGACUAUAUACAACCAGACAAGGCCCAGUGAGAGUUGGCCCGCCCGUUUGCAAACGACAAACUUGGCCUCACUCAAACCAAGAGAGGAAAGGCCCAGCCCACGUAACCCAUUUUAGAACUGAAGAAUCGGAGGCAGAAAAAAAGUGGAGAUGCGGGGUAUCGAUCCCCGUACCUCUCGCAUGCUAAGCGAGCGCUCUACCAUCUGAGCUACAUCCCCUGAUUGUUGUGUUAUAUGUAGUUUAAAUUUUUUUAAAUGUAUCAUUAGGCCUGCUAAGACGAUUACUAGUUGAACAACCAUUCAGGAUUCAGAAUUAGCAGCUGGUACUGUUAGCAUUCAUGACCAUUUUCACAAAUCAGACAGUUACUGCAUUUGAGAAGGAGAUCAUCAUGUGAAUCAAUCAUUCAUUUUCUUAAAGUUGCUUGAACAUAACUCAUGAUGAACACUUCCCCUAUAUUAAUAAUGGUCGUGAAAACUAACAUUUGUGACGAUUAGUUGUAAAAAGUCGUUGAAAUUUUUUUUUUUGUGACCAUACAAAUGAUCGCUAAAUGGUUCGAGAUUAGCAUAUAGUAGUCACCAGCUGAUCAACUAUUCUUCGACGAUAAUCUCUUUAAUGACCAUUAAUUGUCCGAAUUCGAUACUGAUUUAGUUAUCUUUAAACAUGACUUUUGCUCUUUAUUGCUGAUUUGAAUUUGGAUCACAUCUAUACAAACUUUGUGUUUUUCCAUGAUACUGUAGUAUCUUUAAAUCAUUUUUCAUUGUGUUAAUUAAUUGCAUUAUAGCGUUUCUCGAAUUCACCGGACCAAAAUUAUACGUACAUUUAUUAGUUUUUCCCCAUGUAUUAGUAGUUUUACUGUUUUAUUUUAGUUUGUCAGCCAGAAAAUAGGGGAAAAGAAGAAAAUUAGAAGGGAAAAGAAAGACAGAAUCCAAGCCCAAAUUCAACUGCCGAAUUGAAGAGGAUUUUUUCUAUUUUUUCAGUUUGAAUCUCUUCGUAGUCAUCUUCCUCCUCUCUCUACCUCUGGAAAUCAAAAGCUUUGAAGAAGGGAAUUGGGGACAUUUUUCAAAGAAAGGGGGGAAUUCUUUUUUUUUUUUUUUCUUCCUUUUCUUCUUCUCCUUCUUCCCCAGCUCCCCCCGUUACCAGCUUCAUGAAGAAAGACCAAAAAUUUCAUCUGUGAUUAUUAUUUCAUUGUGUUUUAGUGCAAAAAUUCCAGCUUUAUUUCUAUUGUAAACGAAGAUUAUGAUGAUGCGCUGGUAAAAUUGCCUCCCCGCCUCCCUUUCAUCGGCUCUGGUCAUGAUCGAAUUUUACCCCUUUUGAGCUUUCAAUUAGGGUUCAAAUUUCGAUUUUGACCGAUCCCUUUUUUUUAUAGCCCCCGUCUCAAUUUCCUUAAUGGGUUUUGCUCGACGGGGACGAAGAUCGUCUGGGUUUCGUUUGUUAAUCAACUCGAGUUCUGGUUAAGGCUAGGGAUUUUGAUUCAUCAACCAAUUGGAACCGAGAUAUUCCCUCAAGAAUUUUCAUCGGGAGCUUUUUCGGUUUCGUUUUCACCGACAAAGUAUAGCUUCGCGGAGGUGGUGGGGGGUGAUCAACGGCGGCAAAUCGGAAAAUUUGCUUUGCUGGGUGGUUUUUCGAUGCCAAUGAUGUGUUAGGGUUUUGCAUCUUCUCGAUUGAGGAGGGGUUUAUCCGUUGGGGAAAUGAGAACGAGAGAGCACGAUUACGAUGCGGAUUCAUCAACUCAUUGUUCUUGUGAAUUCAAGGUUUUCGUUACUUCUGGUCUUCCUGCUAUGCGUUUCUGCCGUACGAAGCUUGGAGCAGAGAGAUGUAGCAGAGAGAUUAAUCGUUGGGAAAUUGUUAAACCCAGUGACAGAGGAGGUGGAUGAGCCCUUGGCAAAACUACUAUGGGACACUUGCAAGCUAGAUUUGAUCCAUUUGAAAGAGGGUGAUGAAGAUCUCAACUUGUGUUUCCUUGAGGAAACAUCUGCAGGACCCGGUGAGCUCGAUUCAAACUGCUGGUCAUUGUCAAAACAUAAUAUGCAGCAGUUGUUCAGGUCCCCGCGCCCACAAUUGAGAAAAGCUCUGUUAGAUUGUAUAAGAAAGAAUGAUCUUUUGUAUGUUAUCUCUAGGGAGGAGGAACGUAGGUUUUCUAUGCCAUAUAUCAAGCACCUCACCUCCUUAUUUUUUAAGUCCUCGAUUCCUUCCCGGAAUUUGCCUGAAAACGCAGCAGAGCGGCCAACAUCUGCUCGGGCUCCUGGACCAUCAAGAUCUUCUAGUGUGAAACCAACUUCAAGGAAACUUCAUGCUGCGUCCGAUGAAUCCGAAGAUGAAGGUGAUGAGGCUGAAGAAACAACUGAUCAGAAAGUUAUUAUUGCAGUGAUUAUAACGGCUGUAUCGACAUCAAUAUUUGCUGCUCUAUUAUUCAUUUGCAUUCUAAAAGUAUUUGGAACAGGCCCUGAUCCUGGGCUAAAUGACGAGAAGCCACUCCUCAGUCUAAAACUGAGCGACUCUGGUUCUUCGUACAAGUCUUUCAGUGUAGGGGGUUCUUUCACUGAAGACAAGCUUGGUUCUCAAUCCUUAAACAGCAACUCAAGCCAUCAUAGAACAAAUUCAUCUGUAGAUGGCAACAUCCUCUCUGAUGAUGUUAUCAUUGGUUCAGUGGACGGUGUCGGCGGUGUUUCUAACUCAUCUGAAUCUACUGGUGCCUCUGUGACGGGUUCUGGUUUGCUACCACUUCCUCCAGGAAGGACAGCUGGUCUGCCUCCCUUGAAGCCUCCCCCAGGGAAGGCAAUUCCUCUUCCACCCGAACCUCCUCCUCCUCCUCCUCCGAAGGCUCCUGCCAAAGCUGCUCCACCACCUCCUGCCCCACCUCCACCUCCACCAUCAAAAACUUCUCCUGUCAGUGCGGGUCCUCCACCUUCUGGACCACCCCCUCCACCACCUCCUGCUCGUCAGGGCAAAUCUGGUCCUCCACCUCCGGCACCUCCUCCAAAAAAAGGUGGUGCUCCUGGUCCACCCCGAGCACCAAUGCCAGCAGGCCCAAAGGUUCCUAGAGCUCCUGGUAUGAGAGGUCCGGAGGGAGAUGAUAGUAAAGCCAAAUUGAAGCCAUUCUUCUGGGACAAAGUUUCUGCUACUCCGGAUCAGGCGAUGGUUUGGCAUCAGAUUAAAUCAGGAUCUUUCCAGUUCAACGAGGAGAUGAUCGAGAAUUUAUUUGGGUACACACCACCUGAAAAAAACAAAGUUGAGAAGAAAAAAGACUCUUCUCAAGAACCUGCUUCGCAGUUUAUUCAAAUUUUGGAUCCCAAAAAAGCUCAAAACUUAUCAAUUCUACUCCGCGCUUUGAAUGUUACAACAGAAGAAGUUUCUGAUGCCCUGCUUGAAGGAAAUGAGCUUCCUGCUGAGCUCAUUCAGACUUUAUUGAAGAUGGCACCCACAUCCGAUGAGGAACUUAAACUGAGGUUGUUCAGCGGUGAACUUUCUCAACUGGGCCCUGCUGAGCGGUUCCUGAAAGCAUUGGUUGAUAUCCCUUUUGCUUAUCAUCGUAUGGAAGCUCUACUUUUCAUGGGCACUCUAGAGGAAGAGAUUGCCAGUGCUAUGGAAUCCUUCAAAACUUUAGAGGUUGCUUCUAAAGAACUCAGGAACAGCCGGUUGUUCCUCAAACUUCUAGAAGCUGUCCUAAAAACUGGAAACCGAAUGAACGAUGGCACCUUUCGUGGUGGUGCACAGGCUUUUAAGCUUGACACUCUUUUGAAACUGUCAGAUGUUAAGGGAGCUGAUGGCAAAACCACAUUGUUGCAUUUUGUGGUCCAAGAGAUAGUUCGUUCUGAAGGAGUUCGGGCUGCCCGUGCUAGGAGAGAGAGCAUGAGCUUCUCUAACAUGAGUGUAAAAACGGAAGAUCUCCUUGAGGAGAUUUCUCCUGACACAGAGGACCACUAUCGCACCCUUGGUCUUCAGGUGGUGUCUCGUUUGAGCAGUGAACUGGAAAAUGUCAAGAAAGCAGCAGCUAUUGAUGCUGAUGGCUUGACAGGAUCUGUAUCUAAACUUGGUCAUGCACAACUGAAAACUCGAGACUUCUUGAACAAAGAAAUGAAGGAUUUAGAGGAGGAUACCGGGUUUCAUGAAGUGCUCAAGAGUUUUGUGCAGAGCUCUGAGGGUGAAGUCAUGUCACUGCUCGAGGAAGAAAAGAGAAUUACAGCCUUGGUAAAGAGCACUGGCGAUUACUUCCAUGGCAAUUCAGGCAGGGACGAAGGGCUGCGGUUGUUCACCAUAGUACGAGACUUCUUACUGAUGUUGGACAAGGUGUGCAAGGAAGUAGAGGCAGCGCAGAAAAAAUCAGCCCAAAAAGCACUUAAGAAAGAGACUUCUACUGCAUCAUCAACUUCUAGUACUACUACACAAAGCCAACCUCCUCCUCCUACCGAUCCUCGUACAAAACUUAUGCCUGCAAUCGCAGAGAGACGGCCCCAAAAUUCAAGCUCAAGCUCAAGCACGGAGAGUUCAGAUGACGAUAGUGAAUGAGAAGUUCUUGCACGAGAGGUUUGACCGUGAUCGAUCUUCAUGGAUCAUCACGCCCUCCAUUCUUACCUAGGUACGCAAACAUCACCAAUUCUUUUGGCACUAUUCUAUCUAGGAUUGCUGCCAUGAACGAAGUGAAAGAAGAUGAAAAUUUGCAUCUUGAAGCCCUGCUUUGCUGGUCUUCUAUGCCGCGGGUGAGCAGUUUAUAUACUAGGGGAACCUCGAUCAGGAACUUGAGCCAUGUUCAUGAUUGGGAGGUUAGUUCAGGCAGAUAUGAUCGGAUGCUAACUUGUGCAUAGGUAGGAAAUAUUCAAUUGGUGUUUAACCUUUUCAAAAUUUUACCUUAUUUUCUUUGUGCCAUAAGUGUAAAGAUUCUAUUCAUGUUUUUUGAAGAGAGAAAAAUUGGCCCUGCCUUCUGUGGUGUGGUGCUUCAGUCGUUGGAAGAUGAGAAGCUAAGCUUGUUUUUCAAUUGAUGAGUAUUGGAGAGUAAUGUUUUUUAUUAUGUUCGAAGACAUUUGGUGUAUACGUACGAGGCUACCAUACCCCUAUGAGUAUUUCACAAUCCAUGAGAGCGUAGUAUUCGAACUUGGGACCUCCAGGUUCACUACUGGACCAAGUCCUUGUUUGUAACGACUCCUUCUUCUUGUGCUAUAGAAUAGUCAUGUUAAUUUGUUAUGAUUAACUCCUUGAUCCGGAGCAUUCUAUUGAAAAUUGGUUGCAGUGGAUAUCUAAUUUAUUUGAGAGCGUCCAUACAUUUCAUAAAUUAAAUGGUCAACG